CCAGCCCCUGAAGGUGUCAUAACUGUGCUCUCUCCCUCUCGCUCUCUAUCACCGCCUUUCAGAUCUUUAAAAGCCGCUGCUUGCCGUUUCUCACUCGUUCUCGGUUUGUAUCCUCUGGCACUGCAGGGGACUCCCAGCUCGCAGCCUCACCAAGCUGAAAAGCGAGCAAAGAAACAGAGAGGGGAAAGAGAAACAGACUUCCAGAAAUAGCAUCAGCCACGUACGACAGAACCGAGCAUGGAGAACCUGAGACCCGGACGCAAGAUGUCUUUCCUUUCCAACUUGAUGCCAGUUGUCCUGUUGCUGAUCAUCUACAGUGGAUCCUGGUCUUUGGCGGGUCGCUUGGGCCCCCACAAAAACUGCAUGACCUGCAAAGACGGGAACCCGUCGGGCACGGGCCGGGCCUCCAGGGACCCGGCCGGGGCACCCAGCACCACCGUGUUGGCGUCAGGGGAGCCCUGUGGGGUUUACACCCUGAGUUGCGCCAAGGGGCUUCGCUGCGUACCCCCUCCACGUGAACACAGCCCCCUUCAGGCUCUGCUGCAGGGCAGAGGCUCCUGCACCAAACAAAGCAGAACCAGUCCCACCGAGAGGCCCCGCCCCACAGGGCCAAAUCCUUCAAAUAGUGGUGAAAUAGACAAGGCUCCAUGUCGUAAGCUGCUCAACUCUGUCUUGCGAGGUCUCGAACUCACCAUUUUCCAGUCCGACCGUGACAUCUACAUCCCAAACUGUGACACCCGUGGGUUCUACAGGAAAAAGCAGUGUCGGUCUUCUAAGGGCAUGCAGCGCGGCCACUGCUGGUGCGUCGACGAGAUGGGCAACACCGUGCCAUCACGUGCCGGGGAGGAUGGCAUUUUACCAUGUGAUGGAGAGUGAGGGGAGCGACGACCCCACGGCUCUGAGCCUGGAGGAAGAGGAGGGGUACAGGGAGAGGGGAUGACUUCAGCUCGGUGCAAGACACUGCCUGACCAGGACACACCAGGGAUAAACCACUUCACACGGGAACGGGCCCUCACUCAGAAUGUCCAGACCACGUUCACUGCCAUAAACUCGAAUAAACAGCAUCAGAACACAGAAAUAAUGACCACUACACCACAUGAGCUUAAGUUGGGAUAGGUCAGCUGUUACAGAGAGAUAUUUAAUUCCUGGCCACAACUAUGUUUGUUUCUCAAUGGGCUGUUUAACUAUUAAGCAGAUGGGGUGACGUCCCCUCUCCCCUUCUCCAAAGAUACACUGACAAAACUAUACAUAUGAAAACGGAAUAUACCUUUGCGUCUAAUUUAUUCUGGAGUAUUACUAAAUUUCCUUGAAGACUUGCAUACUUUUGAAUCGUACACAUUGUCAUGUAAUCGACAUCUAAACGCUAUCAUAAUGUGCACAUUUGGGAAGUACUCCUUUUUCGUUCAUACGACACUGACCGCAAACACACGUCGUGGAUUAUUUGUACAUAAGUGAGGUUAUCGUGGUUGGUUGUGUCAUGAGGUGGAAUAUUCUUGAAUGCUGAUGGCUGUUACCUUUUUCGAGAAGUUGUUAGGCAUAUUUUUAUAUAUUUCAAUAUGCUAUUUUAUAUAUAUAAAUAUAUAUAAAAUAUAUAUAAAUUGUUGAUUUAUUUAAUGAACUACAAUGCCAUGUAUUUUUAUAUUGUCAGCAGUUUUUUCAUUGUCAAAACAGAGCUUAGUUUAUUUGCUAAGAGAGUGAGCGCCAUGCGUUGGUGUCACCAUAAAAAGGGAUUAAAAACAAAAAUACAACUUAAAGACACCCUUAAGAGCAUUUACUGCUGUACAUGUGUUUUUUAUGUAAUUUGUAUUAUUUUAUGUCAUUAUUUAUGUCGAUAUGUUGAUCCUUCAGUAUUGGAAAGUGUUACUAUAUCGCUUAAUUUUCAAUAUUUCAGAUUGUAUUCUGGGUAUUUUGUUCAGAACUCUGUGUUUUCUCAUUCCCAAAAUGCAUUGAGAAAAAAAGUGCACAAAAUAAUGUCUGAUCAAUGUACCUCACACUGAUUUUGUUGUAUCGAUAUAUGUGCCAGUAGUUGUGGGCCCUUGAAAAGGAGCCCAUUGCAAAAAAAUAUAUAUAUAAUGUGUGCAAGAACUAUGAUACAAAAAAUAUACAAAAAAAAAAUAAAUAAAUAAAAACAAACGGAUACAGAGAAAAAUAAAUGCAUAUGUUAAUAUAAA